GAAAAACUCUGCAUGUUGUUUUUUCAAGUGCUAUCUAUAAAUCUCUGAAUCAUAGAUUAGAUUAGAAGCGUGUAAGCAAGGAAAAGGAAUAGAAAAGAUGCCUGGAGCGCCACGUUUUACGCAGAAACCUUCUAUACAACAAACCCCGCAGGGGGAUUUGCUAAUGGAAUGUUAUCUGGAAGCUGAUCCACCGCCUGAUAUUGUGUGGAACCAUGCUGGUACACCUAUUGUUGCUGGGCCACGAGUUGAGCUAACACUUACCAGUUUGCAAUCCAGUCUCUAUAAAGCGAUUCUUAUCAUUAAGGAGCCAAAUGUUGGUGAUGGUGGAGCGUACAAAUGCACGGCAAGCAAUCACUUUGGUGAAUCAAAUGCAAAUAUCAAUCUUAAUUUCGCAGGUGCUGGCGAUGAGCAAAAAGGGGUGGCCAAGGGACCAACAUUUCUGAGCAAACCACGAAUUAUCCCAAAAGAUGGUGGUGCAUUAAUCGUGAUGGAGUGUCGGGUAAAGAGUGCUUCGAAACCGCAUGGUACCUGGUAUAAAAAUGGCGUACCAAUCCAUGAAAAUGCUCUUUACUCCAUAUUUUUCUCAGAUCUUGGAGAAUCCUCGUAUCUCUUACAACUAGAAUUACAUAAUCCUGUGGCGGAAGAUGCUGGGCAAUAUAGGUGUAAUAUCAAAAAUGAUCUAGGUGAAACAAAUGCAAAUUUAACAUUAAACUUUGAGCAAGAACCAGUGGAGCAACAUGAAAAAAUUGAAAAAUCUCAUGAAAAAGAUUCUACUUCGCCUCGACCUGCAUCUCGACAAGGUUCAAGGCCAGGUUCACCUAAGAAACAAAUUAAAUCACGAGAAGGAACACCAAAGAAAUCAUUGAAAUCCCGUGAAGGUACACCAAGGAAAUCAAUACAGUCAAGAACCGCAACACCAACACAGGAAACGGAAACGAACGUUUCAUCAAUAACCGAAAUGUCAGAAAUUAAAACGGAGCAGAUGGAAGUUGAUAGUACUGGUGCAAAACGAAAGAGUGUGACGGCGUCUCCAUCAAAAGAAAAAAAAUCGCGACAAAAAUCACCGCGGCCUAAAUCUAAGUCACCAAGACCGGAAACUUUUCAGGUAGCUAAUGAGGAGACAAAUAAAGAAAGGAUGACAAGCAUUUCUAUGACUGAGGCAAUCAAUAAAGCAGAUGAAUCUUCCGCUGCAAAAGCAAAAGAAAUGCAAAAAAUACCACUGGAUAGUUCCAAUAAAACUGAUGAAGCUGGGGCAGAGGAACGGACAAGUGAAACGCCAGAAUCUACAACUACGAAAGCAGAAGAAACAAGAACAAAUCAGAUAACGAAGCAUUCACUAGGAGCUACAGGAAAGAAUCUGGAAUUGGAAUCUAAUCUCAUUUCGGAGUCCGAGUUAGAAAAAUCCACUGGACUGAUUACGUAUAAUGAAAAGAAGCAUUCUGCAAAAUCAAGGGAGCCAAUGAAGAAAAAAAAGAAAGAGGAUCAAAAAUCCAAAUCAUCGAAGCUCCGUGAUUUGAAAUCAGAACCUGAAGGAAGAGAGAUUGAUGAAACUUCGGAAUCUGGACUAAGGAUUGGACCAGGACGGAAAAAAGAACUGGUGGCAAUGCAUUUGGAUGGUGACGCUUCAGGGGAUGAAAUGUCAGAAUCUAUUUCAGAACUGCCUUCGGUCUCUGAAGUUGCUUACAAGAGACCGUCAGCAAUAUCAGAAGGUGGCAUAAGGAAGUCAAUAACCGGCAAAAUGAGUCGAAGGCGCAGUAGUGUCGACAUGCGUAACGAAAAUCUGGCUGCUGAAAUUUCGGAUAAACCCUCAACUCCACUAAGAAAUGUCGGUCCAGAAGGCUCACCGAAGAUUCUCGAAAUCCCAGAAAAUGUUACCGUUGCAAAAAAUGAUACAGCUGUCUUGAAGUGUAAGGUAGAAGGUAAUCCGGCACCAACGUUCAAAUGGAGCAAAGGACUUGUUGAGAUUCCUUCUGGUGGUCGAUGCAGAAUAGUUACGGAUCAACAGGAUAAUUCGGUGAAUCUCGUUAUGCAGAAAUGUCGAUCGAACGAUGAUGGCCAGUAUACACUAACCAUUGAAAACAAACACGGCAAAGAUUCCGCAUCCGUUAAAUUAUUAGUCAUUUCCGAAGCUGGACUUGACUUCAGAUCAAUGCUGAAACACAGGGAGCAUGAAGAAGGUGGAGAUGAAGAUGAUGAGAAAAGUACUUCGUCGCGGACAAAAUCGAUAACAGAUGCCGAACGGCGCCAAUCGUUGUUUCCUGGCAAAAAAAUUGAGAAAUGGGAGAAACCACUGGAAAAUAAAACUGUUCAGCAGCAAGUGGAUAAAAUUUGCGAAUGGAAAUGUACCUAUUCUAGACCGAAUGCUAAAAUCCGGUGGUAUAAAAAUAAGAAAGAAAUUUUCAGCGGUGGCUUAAAGUAUAAAAUUGUAACCGAAAAAGCGGUCUGUACAUUGAUCAUCAACAAUCCUGAAGUUGAUGAUAGCGGAAAGUAUACCUGCGAAGCAAAUGGCUUACCAACAACCGCUGUUCUGACUGUUGAUGAACCUCCAAUGAAAUACAGCUUCGUUGCACCUUUGCCGAACACACAAGAAAUAUACAGGACAAAACAGGGUGUGCUCACCUGUAAAGUAAACAAUAAGCGAGCCCCACUAGUUUGGCAUCACAAUGGAAAACCAAUUUCGGAUUCUGACAAACGGUUUUUAAUCGAGAACGAUGCAAUUGGUCGUUUUACGUUAACAAUCAAAGAAGUCAUCAACGAAGAUGCUGGCGAAUGGAUGGCUAAAAUUACUAAUGAAAUCUACAGCAAAGUAGAAGUCUACGUUGAAGAGCCACGACAUACCUUUGUUAUCCCCUUGAAGUCACAGAAAGUGACAGAAAAAGAAAGUGCGCAACUGGUUUGUGAUUUGAAUGAUAAAGAUGCGGAUGUUGAAUGGUGGCAUGAUGGGAACCGAAAACGUCGACUGAUCAUAAAUAGCGCUAAAUUGGAAGACCAUGGAGAGUACAAGUGCACAACGAAGGAUGACCAGACAUUGGCACAGCUCAUUGUUGACGCGCUCAAUAAGUUUAUUGUUCCGUUAGUCGAUGUAGAAGUUUUCGAGAAAGAAGAUGUCGAUUUGCGCUGUGAAACAAAAGACAAUAAAACUCCUGGAAUAUGGUCCAAAAAUGGGAAAAUUAUAACAUCGAUGCCUGGUGGAAAAUUUGAAACUAUAUCUAGACAAGGUGUGCACACUCUUAAGAUUUCGAAAAUUGAAAUUUCCGAAGGUGACAUUUACGAAAUCAGUGUCGGCGGCCUCGAAGGUUCAUGUGUCGUUACCGUUCUGGAAGCUGAAAAGAGACCGGUGAUGAACUGGAAACCCAAAAAAAUCGAAAUGGAGAGUGGCAAACCCGAAACCAUCAAAGUCCCUUUUUCUGUCAAGGGUGGUCGAAAAGGCGAUCCGAAACCAAAAUUGUAUCGAAACGGUGAACCCGUAGAUUUGGAGUCAAUGAAAGAUCUUGUAGAAGUUGUAAUAAAUGAUGAUGUUGUCGAAAUUAAAUUCAAAAAUCCGAAGAAAGAAGAUGCUGGAAAGUGGACGCUAGAGCUCAGUAACUCCGGUGGCAGUGCUCUUGCACCAUUUGAAGUAAUCGUCAAAGAUAAACCCAAAUCACCGAAGGGACCACUUGAAACCAAAAAUGUUACCGCCAAAGGAUGCGACCUCAAAUGGGAUCCACCUGAUGCUGAUGAUAGUUCUCCUGUACAAGGGUACAUCGUUGAGAUGCAAGAGGGUGAUGGAAAAUGGACGAAAAUUGGCGAGACAAAGCAAACCGAAUUUAAGGUCAAAAGUUUGAAAGAAAAUGGACAAUACAAAUUCCGAGUGAAAGCAGUGAAUGAUGUCGGUCAAUCUGAACCACUCACCAGUGAAACAAUUACUGCUAAAGACCCUUAUUCCACUCCUGACAAGCCCAAAAAUAUGAUAGCAACGGAUAUCAGCAAGGAUUCACUGUCACUCCAGUGGGAAGCUCCUGAUAACGACGGUGGUUCUCCUAUUGAAAAAUAUGUCGUAGAAAGGCGCAACAAAUCUGAAAAAAGCUGGAAUGAAGUAGGAACGGUACCAUCAUCAGAAGGGAAAGGCGUGUUCACUCUUGUUGAUGAUGCAGUUGUUGAAGGCAAUGAAUAUUACUAUCGAGUUCGUGCAGUUAAUAAAGCCGGUCCUGGAGAUCCGUGCGACCAUGGACGAGCUUUCAAAAUCAUUGCUAAGCCAGAACCACCUGCAUUCCCAAAUGGUGGUAUUUACGAUUUGAUACUAAAGGUUGGUGAGACAAUCAAAUAUGAUCUGAUAAUCGUUGGUGAACCGAUGCCUGAAGCAUCCUGGAUAGUAAACGACAAAGCAAUCAAACAUGGGGGUCGUUGCAAAAUGAUUACUGAACGUGGCAAACAUCUUCUGAAGAUAGAAAAUGCUGCAAGAACUGAUUCUGGAAAAUAUACCCUAACUUUAAAAAAUGACAGUGGCAAAUGUGACUCGACAGCAACAGUAACCGUUGUUGGACCACCAGAUCAACCUAGAGGACCUUUAGUAAUCUCAGAUAUUUGCGGUGAUGGUGCUACAUUGGCAUGGCAACCACCAGAUGAUGACGGUGGAGAACCUGUACAGGAAUAUAUUGUGGAAGCACAAGAUAUGGAUGAGAAAGGAAAGUUUGCAGUGGUGGGUUCGGUACCUGCUUCUCAAACUCAAAUGGUUGUACACGGCUUGAAGGAUAAAGGAAAUUACAAAUUCAGAGUGAGAGCGAAAAAUAAGGAGGGUGAAUCAAGUCCGUUGACUGCAGACCAAUAUGUGCAAAUAAAAGAUCCGUGGGAUGAACCUGGUAAACCAGGCUGUCCUGAAAUCACAGACUACGAUGCUAAUAAGAUUGAUAUAGCUUGGCAGCCACCGGUUGAAGACGGCGGUGCACCAAUUGAAGAAUAUAUUAUUGAAAUGAAGGAUCCAGUAACUCAAAAAUGGAAUGAAACCGCCCGAUCACCAACAACAAAUGCUACAAUCAUGGGUUUGAAAGAAGGCAAUGAAUACCAAUUCCGAGUAAAAGCGGUUAAUAAAGCUGGACCUGGACAACCAAGCAAACCCUCUGAGAGACAAGUUGCUAAGCCUAAAUUCGUACCGGCAUGGCUGAAAAUGGGUAAUUUGAAAAAUCUGACUGUAAAGGCAGGCCAGUCAGUUAAAUGGGACGUGGAAAUUGGGGGUGAGCCAGCCCCUGAAGUUAAAUGGCUCAAGAACGACGAACUACUGACAACAAACGAGUCGUUCGAGAUUGAAAUGAAAAGGCAUGGACACACUUUGCUAUACAUAUCAUCAGCGAAACGCUCUGACGGUGGCAAAUAUGUUCUUAAUGUAAAGAAUUCAACUGGAGAACAAAGUGGAGCUGCCGAACUGAUUGUCUUGGAUAGGCCAAAUCCACCAGAGGGUCCCUUAAAGAUAUCAGAUGUCUUCGAGAAUAAGUGCAAGCUUACAUGGAAACCACCAGAAGAUGAUGGUGGUGAACCCAUUGCAUACUAUGAAGUAGAGAAGUUUGACGAAGAAGUGGGAAAAUGGACUCAAUGUGCUAAAGUCAAGGAUACCGUGGCGCAUAUCGAUGAUCUGCAAAAAGGACAUACUUACCAGUUCCGCGUGAAGGCAGUGAAUCAUGAAGGUGCUAGUGAUCCACUAUCAACAGACCAUUCCAUUCUAGCAAAGAAUCCAUAUGAUGAGCCAGGAAAACCAACAACUCCUGAAGUUACUGAUUGGGACAUUGAUCGAGUAAAUCUGACUUGGAAGCCACCAGAUAAUGAUGGUGGUGACCCGAUAAGUAGUUACGUAGUUGAAAAAAGAAAAAAACACGCUAAAGACUGGGUCGAGUGCGCUAAAACAAAUGGUCCUGAGUGUGAAGCUAGUAUUUUGGGUCUGAAAGAAGGCGAAGAAUAUCAAUUUCGAAUUCGAGCAGUCAAUAGAGCUGGGAUAGGCGAACCAUCAGACCCGAGCAGAAAAGUUAUCGCUAAACCUCGCAACUUGAAACCACAUAUUCAUCGUGAAUCAAUGAAAUCGAUCGUAAUCAAGGUAGGCCAAAGUGUAGAAUUCGAUGUUCCGGUCAGCGGAGAACCUCCGCCAGAAAAAGUUUGGAUAUUGAACGAUAAGCCGAUUGAAAGCGAUGAACAUAUUAUGAUAACAAAUGAAGAUUACAGAACCGUAUGCGUACUAAAAAAUGCAACAAGAAAGCACACUGGGAAGUAUACUUUAGCUGCGUCUAAUAUUAAUGGGACAGAUAAACAUGCGGUGGAUGUAACUGUCAUCGGGAAACCUUCCGCACCCGAAGGACCGUUAGAGGUAUCAGACAUUCAUGCGAACUAUAUGAAUCUGGAAUGGGAGCCACCGGAGGAUGAUGGUGGUCUUCCGAUCGAUCAUUAUGAAAUUGAGAAAAUGGACAUGUCUACUGGUAGGUGGGUUCCAUGUGGACGAUCAGAAAAUUGCAAAGCAACCGUGCAGAAUCUACAAGAAGGCAAAACUUAUCAGUUUCGUGUUCGAGCCGUCAAUAAAGAAGGAGAAUCGGAUCCACUUGGUACAGAAGGAGAUGGAUUCUUGGCCAAAAAUCCAUAUGAUGUUCCAGGAAAAGUGAAUAAGCCAGAACUAGUUGAUUGGGACAAGGAUCAUGUUGAUUUGCAGUGGGAAGUUCCAAAUGAUGGUGGCUCACUGAUCGAAGAGUAUGCUUUGGAGAUAAAAGAUAAGCAUGGAAAGUGGACAGAAGCAAUGAGAAUCCCUGGUUCGGAAACAUCUGCUCGAGUUGGAAACUUGAAGGAAGGUGAAGAAUAUCAGUUUCGUAUCGUUGCCAAAAAUAAGGCUGGUUAUGGCGAACCAUCCAAUCCCAGUGACCACAUCCUCAUGAAGCCUAGACAUUUGGCGCCUCAUAUUCAUCGUGAGGAUGUGGAAGAUAUAACUGUCAAAGUGGGGCAGCCUUUGCGACUCAUUAUCCGGAUUGAUGGAGAACCACCUCCGGAAGUUACCUGGAGUUGUAACGGGGAACCAGUUGAUUCAAAUAUUGUUAUUGAAAAUGAGGAUUAUAUUACCAAGUUAACUUUAAUGAAAGCAACCAGGAAACAGUCAGGAUCCUACACUAUAAAGGCUACAAAUGAAAGUGGAUCGGACAGUGUUACAUUUGCGGUCACGAUAAAAGGGAAGCCUGGAAAACCAAAAGGUCCUCUACAAGUCAAUGAUGUAUUUGAGGAUCGCGCAACCUUAAAUUGGCAACCGCCGGAAGAUGAUGGUGGCGAAUCCGUCGAUCACUAUGAAGUGGAAAGAUUGGAUACCAAAGAUGGUAUCUGGGUACCAUGCGGGAAGUCCAAAAAUAUAUCAUUCGAAGUUGAAAAUCUCAUCAAAGACAGAUAUUACCAGUUCCGUGUAAAAGCAGUCAAUUCUGAAGGCUCUUCCGAACCUUUGGAGACGGACAGUUCUAUCCAUGCCAAAAAUCCAUUUGACAAACCGGAUAAACCUGGAAAACCGGUACCAACGGAUUGGGAUAAGGAUCAUGUUGAUCUUGAAUGGACUAAGCCAGUAAAUGAUGGAGGAGCGCCAAUCGAAGAAUAUGUGAUUGAAAAACGAAGCAAAUAUGGACGAUGGGAGCCUGCUUUAACAGUACCCAGCGAGUCAACAGCAGCUACCGUCCCGAAUCUUACGGAAGGUGAAGAAUAUGAAUUCCGCAUUAUAGCUGUCAAUAAAGGUGGUCCGUCGGAACCGAGUGAUUCGAGUACAGUUGUUGUCGCAAAAGCGCGGAACUUGGCACCAGAAAUUGAUCGGAGCACGUUGAAACCAGUGAAGGUGAGAGCGGGACAAAUGGUUACAUUCGAUGUCGCAAUUAAGGGAGAACCACCACCGACAGUAACUUGGAUGAAUGGAAACGGACAUGAAAUGAGACACGGUAGCCGUAUCAAGCUGGACAAUCCAGAUUACCGGACAAAGCUGCAAAUACGAGCAUCAGAAAGGGGUGAUAGUGGUAUAUACAAAAUCCAUGCUAUUAAUCCAAAUGGUGAAGAUGAGGCUACUGUUGAAAUUAAUGUCAUAGAUAAGCCAAUGCCGCCAGAAGGUCCACUAAACGUAACAGAUAUCUAUGCUGAUCACGCUACCUUGGACUGGAAAGCUCCCAUAGAUGAUGGUGGUUUAUCAAUUGAUAAUUACGUCGUGGAAAGAUUCGAUACAUCCACUGGACAUUGGAUUCCAUGCACUAAGGUGGAUGGUGGACAAACAACUGCUGUUAUUGACGGUCUUAUUGAAGGACAUGAAUACAAGUUUCGUGUGUCAGCAGUUAAUGCUGAGGGUGAAUCUGAUCCUCUUGACACCUUUGGAACUAUCCUGGCAAAAAAUCCGUAUGAUGCACCAGGGAAAACCGGAAAACCGGAAGUUAUCGACUGGGAUAAAGAUCACGUGGAUUUGAAGUGGACGACUCCUAUAAAUGAUGGUGGUGCACCCAUUGAGGGUUACGUAAUUGAAAUGAAGGAAAAGUUCGCACCCUUUUGGAAAGAAGUUAAGGAAGUACCAGCUGACCAACUUAGGACUACCAUACCUAAUUUGAAGGAAGAUUCCGAAUAUGAAUUUAGGAUACGGGCAAAAAAUAAAGCUGGUCUUGGUGAUCCAUCAGAUCCAAGCGAUUCCGUAAUUGCCAAGCCACGACACCUGGCACCAAAAAUUGAUCGUACUGCAAUCGAAGAAAUCAAAGUACGGGCCGGUUCUAACUUUCAGCUCACUAUUCCGGUUUCUGGUGAACCACCCCCAAGGGUAACGUGGAUGUUCUUAGGAAAAUCACUGGAAUCAUCAGAGAGAAUCAAGGUUGAGAAUCCAGAUUACAAGACCAAAUUUAUCGUGAAACAUGCUCUUCAUUCUGAUACCGGUACCUAUAUAAUCAAAGCUGAAAAUGAAAAUGGUACGGAUACUGCCGAAAUUAAAGUGUUCGUAUACGACCGACCAGGUGAGCCUAAAGGUCCACUCAAAGCGGAUAAUAUUCACAAAAAUGGUUGUGUUCUCAACUGGAAAGAACCUGAUGAUGAUGGCGGUGCAGAGAUUAACAACUACAUUAUUGAGAAACAGGACGUGAGAACUGGGCGUUGGACUUUUGCGGGUGAAGCAGCUACUACUACUAUGGAAAUUGAUGAUUUAAUUCCUGGGCAUGAGUAUAAAUUUCGAGUUAAAGCAAUUAACAAAUACGGAGAAUCUGAUCCACUGGAAACUACUCAAGCAAUUAUUGCAAAAGAUCCAUUCGAUACUGCCGGAAAGCCAGGUACUCCGGAAAUUGUAGAUUGGGAUAAGGAACAUGUAAAUCUUCAAUGGAAUCCUCCCGUGGAUGACGGUGGUGCUGCGAUCGAAAAAUACAUCAUUGAAAAAAAGAUGACAAGCGGUGAUUGGGAAUAUGCCGAAGAGGUACCCGCUGACCAGACCACCACAACGGUAGGCCAUUUGAAAGAAGGUGCAACCUACCAGUUUCGUGUAAAAGCAAUUAACAAAGCUGGAGAAUCGACUCCUUCCGAUCCAAGUCGUACCUUUGUAGCCAAGGCGCGUAAUUUACCACCAAAGAUUGACCGGUCCAAUUUGAAUGAAAUCCGCAUAAAAACCGGAGGUACUAUUGAAUUCGAUGUUAAGGUUGAGGGAGAACCACCACCGAAGAUUUCUUGGCUCAACAAUGAAAUACCAUUAACAACCUUUGAACGUACGAAAGUCGAUAAUUCUGCGGAUUACCGUACGAAAUUAGUUACUGUGGAUGCGAAACGUAAUGAUUCUGGUAUCUACAAAAUUGUUGCCACUAAUGAGAACGGUAAAGACGAGGCAGUGGUGAAGGUUGUGGUGCUCGACAUUCCAGGAGCUCCGAAUGGACCUUUGGAAGCUUUAGAUAUCACGAAGGAAAGUUGCACAGUGAACUGGAACCCACCUGAUGAUGACGGUGGGUCACCUAUUUCACAUUACUUCGUUGAAAGGCAGGAGGCUAGUGGUCGUUGGGUACCGUGUGGUGAAACUUCGGAUACCAGUUUACGAGUCAGCAAACUUGUGGAGGGGAAAGAAUAUAAAUUCCGUGUAAAAGCUGUGAAUCGUCAAGGCGAAUCACAACCUUUAACUUCAUCUUAUCCAAUAAUUGCCAAGAAUCCGUUUGAUGAACCUGGUAAGCCCACGAAUUUGACUGCAACGGACUGGGAUAAAGAUCAUGUCGAUCUGGAAUGGAAAGCACCACUGAAUGACGGCGGCGCACCAAUUGAAAACUAUAUUGUAGAAAAGAAAGAUAAAUUUGGUGACUGGGUGCCAUGCGCAACAGUCCCUGGAAAUAUGAAUAAAGCUACAGUAACUAAUUUGAUACCAGACGAAACCUAUCAAUUCCGAGUGCGGGCAGUUAAUAAAGGUGGGAAAGGAGAGCCUUCGGAUCCUACUGGCGAAAUAAUUGCGAAACCAAGAAAGCUAGCACCUAAAAUCAAUCUAGCUGGACUUUUCGAUAUCCGAGUUCGAGCUGGAUCACCAGUCCACCUCGAAGUGAACUAUGAGGGUGAGCCAACACCAAAAGCGUCUUGGAAAAUUAACGAGACCCUCUUUACCGGUACUGACAGAAUUGAAAUUAUUACGAAAGAUAAAACCAGCGAAAUUAUGAUACCGUCAUCAGUUCGUGGUGACACUGGCACUUACACGAUUCAGGUUGAGAAUGAACACGGCAAAGAUAAAGCAUCCUGUAUCGUGACUGUUCUAGAUGUUCCAGGAACACCGGAAGGACCAGUGAAAAUCAAUGAUAUCACGAAAGAAAGAUGUACACUAACUUGGAAGCCUCCAGCCGAUGAUGGUGGCUCCGAUAUUAUGCAUUAUAUAGUCGAGAAAAUGGACACGACUCGUGGUACCUGGCAGGAAGUAGGCCAUUUUCCGGACUGUACCGCUAAAGUAACAAAAUUGAUUGAUAGAAAAGAAUACAAAUUCCGUAUCAAAGCGGUCAAUAUGCAAGGAGAGUCAAAACCACUGGGAACACAAGAAAUGAUUGCCAGAAAUCAGUUUGAUGUUCCACAACCAACGUCGAAACCGGAGAUCACCGAUUGGGAUAAAGACCGGAUCGACAUUGCAUGGAAGCCACCGACCGAUACUGGUGGACUGUCGAUCAAAGAAUACAUCAUUGAAAAGAAGGAGAAAGGCAGUCCAGUUUGGAUUGAAACAGGAAGAGUUAAUGGAGGUGUCGCAGCUUUUUCAGCUCAUGGUUUGAAACCUGGAUCAGAAUACGAAUUUCGAGUUAUUGCAGUGAAUGAAGUUGGUCCAUCCGAUCCAUCCGAGCCAUCAGAUGGUCAAAUAGCUCGAUCAAAAUAUGUGAUACCCGAAAUUAUCUCUCAAAUACGGAAAUUUAAAAUCAAAGCAGGUUUAUCGCUGACGGUAGAAGUGGAAUAUAUUGGUUCUCCGGAUCCAUCGGUAAUCUGGGAAUUCAAGGAAGGUGAACCAUUACCUGAAAACCUUUUGUUGAGUGGUAAGAAUGGCGUGCUAACAAGUACAACAACUCAUGGUUUGAAACCUGGAUCAGAAUACGAAUUUCGAGUUAUUGCAGUGAAUGAAGUUGGUCCAUCCGAUCCAUCCGAGCCAUCAGAUGGUCAAAUAGCUCGAUCAAAAUAUGUGAUACCCGAAAUUAUCUCUCAAAUACGGAAAUUUAAAAUCAAAGCAGGUUUAUCGCUGACGGUAGAAGUGGAAUAUAUUGGUUCUCCGGAUCCAUCGGUAAUCUGGGAAUUCAAGGAAGGUGAACCAUUACCUGAAAACCUUUUGUUGAGUGGUAAGAAUGGCGUGCUAACAAGUACAACAAGUUUUUUCAUACCAUCUGCUAAACGAUCUGAAAGUGGAAAUUAUACAUUGAAACUGAAAAAUGAAGCUGGUGAAACGUCCGGUUUAUUUGAAGUUAUUGUUCAAGAUAGACCGUCGACACCACAAGGACCAAUUGAAGUAACUGAUGUUACUAAAGAAGGCUGCGUUCUUAACUGGCAACCACCGAAAGAUGAUGGUGGUACAGAAAUCACCAAUUAUGUAGUCGAAAAGCGUGAUCUGCAAUCAAAUACUUGGACGCCGGUAUCAGCUUUUGUUCCUGGUACCACAGUCGUAGUGUCAAAACUUGCUGAAGGGCACCAGUAUGAAUUUCGAGUCAUGGCUGAAAACGCAAAUGGGCGAUCAGACCCGCUAAAUAGUGACUCACCUGUGCUUGCCAAGGAUCCAUUUGGCAAACCGGGUAAACCCGGCCGACCAGUCGUUACCAAUCAUGACGUGGAUCAUAUAGAUAUCGAGUGGGAGUCACCUAAAGAUAAUGGUGGCAAUCCUAUUUCACAUUACGAUGUGGAGCGUAAAGACUUGAAAAGCGGCCGUUGGAUCAAGAUAAACAACAACCCGGUAAAAGAUACCAGUUUCGUGGAUGAUCGUGUCCAAGAAGGUCAUAUUUAUGAAUAUCGAGUCCGAGCAGUAAACAAAGCCGGUCACGGUCCACCAUCGGAUCCUUCGGCUGCAGCCAUUGCAAAACCGAUGUUCCAGGCUCCAAUGUUUGGUAUCGAUAUUCACGGUAAAGAAUUCAGGGUUCGUGCUGGAGAACCACUGGAUAUCAAUGUUCCAUAUAUAGCAUCACCAAAGCCUGAUUUGAAUUGGGUGAAAAACGGUCAAAUACUUAGCAGUGUGGAGACAGACGACUCGAAAACACGUCUUUAUAUCAAGGAAAGCAAACGUUCGGACUCUGGGGUAUGCACAAUUACUGCAUCGAAUUCAUACGGUGAUACACAAGCAACAAUUAAGAUUUGCGUAGUCGAUCGACCAGGACCCCCAGAAGGCCCCCUGGCUUAUUCGGAAACUUCGCGCCAUUCUGUGACUUUGAGGUGGUGUCCACCUGAGGAUGAUGGUGGUUCUGAAGUUACCGGUUACCGUAUUGAGUACCAAGAGGCAGGUACGCCUAAUUGGGUUCGUGUGAUUGAGGCGGUUGGUGGUAACACAUAUACCGUUCGCGGACUGGAUCACGGAAAGCAGUAUCGCUUUCGCGUGCGUGCUGAAAAUGUAAUGGGGUUGAGUGAACCACUAGUGGGUGCACCAGUGGUUGCAAAAGAUCCGUUCGACCGGCCUGGACCACCCUCUACUCCCGAAAUAAUGGGAUAUAGUCGCAAUCAAAUAAGUUUAUUAUGGAAUCCGCCAAACAACGAUGGUGGAUCGCCAAUCCUAGGCUAUGUAAUCGAAAAGUUUGAAAAAGGUGGCAAUGAUUGGACACCCGUCAAGAUGCGCUUGACUAAAAGUACCGAAGCUACUGUUACUGGUUUAAUCGAAGGAGAAACUUACCAGUUCCGGGUUCGAGCUAUUAAUUUAGCUGGUGAAGGUGAACCAAGCGGUAACUCUGAACCCACCGUGUGUCGUCCAUUCGUUACCCCACCUGAUGCCCCAGAUCAGCCACGGGUGGGUAAGAUAACUAAGAAUUCCGCAGAAUUGACCUGGAACCGUCCUUUAAAAGAUGGCGGAGCCCCAAUCGAAGGAUACAUUGUUGAGAAAAGGAAAGAUGGUGUUGGCGACUGGGUACCAUGCAACGAUAAACCUGUCAAAGAUAGUUUCUUGGUUGUGGAAUCACUAGAGGAAAAUGGAGAAUAUGAAUUCCGCGUGAAAGCAGUUAAUUCGGCUGGAAAAGGUGGACCGUCGAAGCCAACUGAUAUGGUACGUAUUGAAGAGCAACCAGGUCGCCCAUGUUUGGAUCUAUCUGGUGUUAAAGAUAUCACUGUCAAGGCUGGAGAUAGCUUUGAAAUCGAAAUCCCUUUUACUGGUGGUAAUCCGAAACCAAUGGCAACUAUCUUCAAUGGAGUGAAAGAAAUAUUUGGCGGAGAUGAUCGCAUUAAUAUUGAGGUAAGCGCCGGUUUUGUGACCUUAACGACGAAAUCGGCGAAAAGAUCAGAUGCUGGACCGUAUCGCAUCACGUUAAGUAAUCGUUUCGGUAAAGAUACAGCAAAAGUGAACGUUAACGUACUGUCACCACCAGGCAAACCCGUUGGUCCAAUAGCAGCAAGUGAAAUUGCUGGUGAUGCAAUAACACUUUACUGGAGUCCACCACUUGAUGACGGUGGUGCUGGUAUAAGCAAUUAUGUGGUGGAAAAACGUGAACCGGAUGGUACGUGGACCAAAGUUGGUCAGCCACUUGGUGCCAAUUUUCGAGUACGUAACCUAGAAAAUGGGCAUCCAUAUGAAUUUCGAGUCUCAGCUGAAAAUCAGUAUGGAAUAGGUGAACCACUUGAAACAAUGGAACCUAUUAUUGCGAAGGACCCGUUUGAUAAGCCUGAUGCUCCUGGACGACCAGAAGCUAUUGCAACAACCGAGGAUACCAUUACGUUGCAGUGGACUCAUCCGUUCAAAAAUGGUGGUUCACCGAUACAAGGUUACGCGUUGGAAAAGCGUGAAGAAGGUGAUGACUGGUCAAAAUGCGCUUUUGGUCUUAUCAGUGAUACGCAGUACCGAGUCACUGGUUUAACACCACACAAAAAUUAUGAAUUUCGUGUAGCCGCGGUAAAUGGAGUCGGUCAAAGUCCAUGGAGCCAAAACAGCGAACAAAUUACGGCUCAAGUAGAAGCUGUAAGGCCAAGGAUUCAGCUUGCCUUACUUGGCAGAGACAUUAUUGCUCGUGCUGGAUCUCCAGCAAAGAUUCUAGUGCCAUUUUCAUCAAGUCCAUCUCCGGAAAUAACAUGGAAAAAGGACGGUAAAUUAAUUGAUGAGAUGUCAAAACGUUUGAAGCUUGAGUCGAAUGAUUUUUUGACACAACUUUCAUAUGAAAAAUGCGAACGCGACGACACGGCUAGCUACACCAUCAAGCUGGAAAACGACGCUGGAUCGGACAGCGUUAAUGUCAGAUUAUUAGUUGUUGAUUGUCCAUCACCACCAAAGAGUCUUAUGGUUUCCGAUAUCACACCGGAUUCUUGCGUUUUGGAUUGGGAAUCGCCAGAUGAUGAUGGAGGCUCUCAUAUUACUAAUUACAUCCUGGAGAAGUGCCGCAUUAGUACGCCAUCAGAUGAUGUUUGGGAGAAAAUUAGCUCAUUCGUACGUGGUACCAAUUACGUAGUUACUGGUCUUAAUGAAAACGAGCGCUACAAAUUCCGAGUUCGGGCGGAAAAUCAAUAUGGUAUAUCAGAACCAAAUGCACUGAAUGAGCCAAUCGUUGCUCGUUAUCAGUUUAAAGUACCAUCACAACCAGAUCCACCCACUGUUCGCGAUAUGGACAGCACCUGGGCUGAAGUGGAGUGGGAACCGCCAUCAGACGGAGGUUCGAAGAUUCUUGGAUAUAUGCUGCAGUACAAAGAGCCAGGAUCUAGCAAAUGGAUAAAUGCCAGUGCCCGUCCAACACAAAUUACCAGCUUUCGAGUCCAGAAUUUAAAAGAUAAGGGUGAAUAUGAAUUCCGCGUUAUCGCUAAAAAUAAAGCUGGUUUGUCAAAACCAUCGCUGCCAUCAGAAAAAGUACAACUUAAACUCAAAUUUGGCCCACCUGGUCCACCGACACAAAUAGUUGCCGAAUCGAUAGGAAGGAAUCACGUGACGCUCACUUGGGCUCCACCAAUUGAUGACGGUGGUUCCAAGAUAACUGGAUAUAUUGUGGAAAGCCGAGAACUUGGUAUUAAGAGCUGGCGAAUUGUUAGCGACUACAAUGUACAGCAACCUGAAUUUACCGUUCCUAAUUUAAUUGAAUUUCAUGACUACGAAUUCCGAAUUACAGCUAUCAAUAAAUACGGAAAAGGUUUACCAUCUUUACCUUCGUCACCAAUCAAAAUCCAGGAAAUGGGUGGUUCUAAGCCUGUAAUUGUUGUCAAACCAGCGGACACAGCUUCGCCUUAUAAUCGACGUGCAGUAUUUACAUGCGAAGCUGUUGGCAGACCAGCACCAACUGCACGCUGGUUACGUAAUGGACGUGAAAUACCAGAAGGUGCACGUUAUCGCACUGAAGCACAGGAUGAAGUUUUCAAACUUAUCAUCAGAGAAGUAUGGGAUAUUGAUUCUGGGGAAUAUACCUGUGAAGUGUCAAACAUUUAUGGUUCCGAUUCUGCUACUGCGGCACUAAUUGUUCAAGCGCCACCUGUGAUCGAAAAAGGUGUUGCAAAUGCCGUAUAUGCCGAUGGCGAAUUAGUACGACUAAAGAUUUACUUCUCUGGCACUGGUCCAUUUAAUUAUACAUUUACCCUGAACAAGAAAGAGAUACCUGCCGAUCAUCCCAAUAUCCAUUUCGUGGACUUCGAUAAUCACGUUAUCAUUACUAUUCCAUCGAUCCAUAGUAAUGAGGCUGGUCGUUAUGAGUUGACAAUAAGCAACGACAGCGGUGAAGCGAAUACUGGUUUCUGGCUGAAUGUCACCGGGCUACCAUCAGCACCGCAAGGACCAUUGCAGUUUUCCGACUUGAACGUAUCUCAAGUGUUACUUAGUUGGAAACCUCCAGUGAGUGAUGGUGGUGCACGUAUAAACAAUUACAUUGUCGAAAAGCGUGAUCUAGCAAAGGAUGAAUGGACUGAAGUAGCAACAUUCAUAAAAGAUACCAACUAUUUGGUCACUGACCUCUUCGAAGGACGUGAAUAUGAGUUUAGAAUUAGUGCCGUCAACAAAAAUGGGCAAGGUCCAGCCCUCGUUGGUGACCAGUCAAUUAUUGCACGACUACCAUUCGAUCCUCCAUCAUCUCCUGGAAAACCCGAGAGUAUAAAUAUAAGUGAAGAUUCUCUGACGUUGAGUUGGGCUCGUCCAAACUCCGAUGGAGGUGGCCGCAUCCGUGGAUAUUUGAUUCAAAAGAAGGAAGUUGGCACAGAUAUCUGGCAAAAAUGUAACUAUAAUCCAAAUCCAUCCACAUCCUGCGUCGUGAAUAAUCUGAUUGAAAAUCGUGAUUAUGAAUUUCGUGUGUUUGCUAUUAAUGAUGCUGGUCAUUCCGAACCAUCUAUGAGUAAUGUUAUCAAAUACGUUCAUUUAUCAUCUGGCCGAGCACCAACAAUUAUUACUCCGCUUACCGAUUUGUAUGGUGAACAUGGACGAUCGGUGACUUUAGAAUGCGUAAUAACUGGCAAUCCACAACCGGAAUAUCGUUGGUACAGAGGUUUACGAGAACUUACCGAAACUUCCAAAUAUAAUAUCUACGAUAAGGGCGAUACACAGACAUUGGUCAUUAAUGAUUUGCAUGCAGAUGAUGCCGACGAGUACUCUUGCCGUGCAACGAACUCGAAUGGCACUAAAUCAACGCAAGCACAAAUAGUUGUUUGUUCUAAACCCCGUGUAUUUCUUCCACCGCGGUAUCAUGGAGGUUAUGAAGCAAAGAAGAAUGAAAAUAUCGAGCUGAAAGUGCCAUUCAAAGCAUUUCCACAACCUACAGCAAAGUGGUUCAAAAAUGCUGAACCGAUCAGCAAUUCUGAUAAAUAUAAGAUUACUACCGAUGACAAGUUUACAACUUUGGCAAUCUCAAGUGGUACACGAGAAGAUUUUGGACAGUACCGAAUAGUAGUAGAAAACAGUAUCGGUUCAGAUUCUGCUACUAUAAGCUUAACUGUCGCUGAUAAACCCGAUCCGCCAAGAUUCCCAAUCGUUGAAAAUGUUUUGGAUGAAGCUGCUAUUUUGUCGUGGAAAGCUCCGGAAUUGGAUGGAGGUGCUAUGAUUACCAACUAUAUUAUUGAGCGACGUGAAGCAACUGGUGGACAAUGGGAACAGUGUGCCAAAUCACGUUAUACUUAUCUAACAGUAGAAGGGCUAAAACCUAAGCAUACUUACGAAUUCCGUAUCAUUGCCGAAAACAAAUAUGGACAAUCAAAACCGUGUGAACCAACUGCUCCUAUUGCUAUUCCUGAACAACGUAUUCGAAAAAAAGGUUACGAUGUUGACGAUUUGGGCAAGAUUGUCCAUGGAAAAGGAGCGACAUCUGAUAAUUAUGAUGCUUACGUAAUCGAUGUUUGGAAACAAUACUAUCCGCAAUCGGUAGAACCAAAACGAGAAUCGGUGUAUGAUUAUUACGACAUUCUUGAAGAAAUUGGGUCAGGUGCAUUCGGCUCUGUACAUCGUUGUGUUGAAAGAGCAACUGGUAAUACAUUUGCUGCGAAAUUUGUUAAUACACCUCAUGAUGCGGACAAGGAUACAGUGUGCAAGGAAAUUAAUACCAUGUCUGUCCUUAGACAUCCAAAACUGAUAAAUCUGCACGAUGCUUUCGAAGAUGAUAAAGAAAUGGUCAUGAUUUACGAGUUUAUGUCGGGUGGUGAGCUAUUCGAGAAAAUUUCCGAUGAAAAGAAUCGGAUGUCGGAAACGGAUACAAUCGGUUACAUUCGACAAGUGUGUGAAGCGUUGCGUCACAUGCAUGAGAUGAAUUAUGUACAUCUGGAUCUGAAGCCUGAGAAUAUCAUGUUCAUGACGAAGAAAAGUGACCAGUUAAAGUUGAUCGAUUUCGGUUUGGCAGCAAAACUAGAUCCCAAAGACACUGUAAAGGUGACAACUGGUACAGCAGAAUUUGCCGCACCGGAAGUAGUUGCCAAUGAACCAGUGGGAUUCUACACUGAUAUGUGGAGCAUUGGUGUACUUGCCUAUAUUCUCUUAUCUGGUCUUUCACCAUUCGGUGGAGAAACUGAUGAAGAAACUCUCCGGAAUGUAAAGAAAUGUGACUGGAAUAUGGAUGAUCCUAGUUUUGCAAAUAUUUCUCAGGAAGGGAAAGAUUUCAUCAUGAAGCUUCUAAUGCUUGACCCGAAAAGUCGAAUGACCGUACAUGAAGCUCUGGAACAUCCUUGGCUUAGUGGCGUUGCCAACAAUGUACCAUCUCAACAAAUACCCAAUGAACGCUAUCACUCCAUUCGUGACUCCGUUAGACAGAGAUAUGACGCUUGGCCAGAACCAAAUCCACCUCUCGGACGUAUUUCGAACUACAGCUCCCUUAAAAAGCAUCGUCCAACUGAAUAUCAUAUUCAUGAUACAUGGUUCAGCAGAGAAGAGGGCCAGCCACGAUUCAUCGUCAAACCGUUUAGUACGAGUUGCAAUGAAGGCGGAAAUGCUACAUUCUCAUGCCGAGUUAUUGCUUCGUCACCACCGAUAGUGACGUGGCAUAAGGAUACAGAUGAACUGAAGCAAAGCACCAAAUAUAUGAAGAAAUACACGGAUAAUAAUUAUAUGAUAACGAUAAAUAGGGUUAAACCAGAAGAUGCUGGUGAGUAUACUGUAAGGGCAAAGAAUUCAUAUGGUUCCAAAGAAGAAGUUGCAUUCCUGAAAGUGAUUGAAUCAGCUAGAACACAAAGCAACUUGAGAGCCUCGGAAUUUGAAAAACGAUCCUAUGUUAUGCGCAAACCUGAACCAUUUAAAGAACGCCAGAUUGCUCCAAAAUUCACCUUCUACCUUCGAUCACGUCUCAUCCAGAAGAAUCACCCAUGUAAAUUGAUUUGCAAUGUACAAGGCGAUCCAGUUCCUAAGGUUGAAUGGUUCAAAGAUGGUACACCAAUUGACAAGGAUAGAGCACAUUUAACCUAUCGAAGCGGUGUCUGUACAAUGGAAUUAUUUAGUUCUCGUAUGGAUGAUUCGGGUACUUAUCGUUGCGAAGCAACUAACAGUUUGGGAACAGAUUAUACUGAAUGUACUGUCAGUGUACAAGGUAGAAGCGGUGAGUCAAUACCGGUAAAACCACUUCGUACAAGAAGGAUUUAUGACAUUGUCAGUGCAGGGAAUAUUGAACGUUCACAAUCUAGUGCCGAUGUUUCACUGAGGCAUAACAUAAAGCCAUCAACACCACAGUCUCGGGAUGAUUCAACUGCAAAACAUGAUGAUAAACUACCCACUUUCGUAUCGAAAUUGUCAAGCAUUACUGUAAAAGAGGGUGAACAAGCUGAAUUUUCUUGUGCGAUAACCGGGUAUCCGGAACCUCUUAUCGAAUGGCUCCACAAUGGUGAACAUAUUACUGAUGAUUCUCGUUUGAAAAUCUCUUUUGUCACGGGUCGAGCUUCACUAACAAUCAGAAACAUUGAUAAACAAGACGCAGGAGAGUACUGUUGUAAGGCUAGUAAUUCAGCAGGUUCGGAAACAAGUAAAGCAGAUCUUGUAGUUAAAAGCAGCGGUACGAGGAAGGAUGACGCUGCAAAUGAACCAUUGACAAAUGGUGAAUUGACUGUUAAAGAAACUACAGAGCAGCAGGAAACAUCAGACCAAACUAUCUUAAACGGUGUUGUGACGACCAACACAGGUGGAAAGACUUCAGAAAAAGACGGUGAAUUCCGGAUACUUCGACACAUUAGAGGCAUUCAAGUUGUUUCUGGCUCAACAGCCACCUUCUCAGUAUUGUCUUCCGGAGCUGUGGAUGAGGUAAUGUGGCUCAAAAAUGGUAAAGAAAUCCAGUUAAAUGAAAAUGUGACAACGAGAGUAAGCGAUAAUGAGUAUCAACUUGAAUUCUCUAAAGUGUCUCCUGACGAUCACGGCAUUUAUCAAGUCGAUUUCCGGCGUGAUGGCAAAAUAUUUACGUCAGCUGCGUCACUUGUUGUGCUUGAUAAACAAAAUGAACCUCCCGUUUGUAAACUUCCACAAUCCGUGACGGCCAAAUCUUCAUCGCCCAGUAAAUUCAUUCUUGAAAUGGAGAACGCUGAAAAUUUGACAGUGCAGUGGUUCAAAGGAUUCAAUAAAGUGGAGAAAUCUGAUCGUAUCAAAUCAGUUAAAUCUGGGAAUGCUUUCAAAUUAGAUUUCAAGAGUGUUCAACCUAACGAUGAAGGCGUUUAUAUAGUAAAAGUAAUCAAGGAUAAGAAAGCGAUAUGCAAAUACGCAGCCGCCUUACUGGUCGAAAAAUAGUUAUAUUAUUUACGAC